AUGGCGCGUAGCUACGAUAACAUACACAUAUAUGGCAAGGCCCAUCUCGGGGACUCGUACUAUCUUGGACAAAGUGCUCGAUUAGCCGACCUCGUGCCUUGCGCCGUGCACGCGCAAUUUAAUGCAUCCGGGAAAGACCACGAUCCACACUGCCUUCAAGGAACUCGAAUUGACAUCCUGGACUGUAUCAGAAAGUGGAUAAACGGAAAGGAUGAUAAACACAUAUUCUGGCUGAGCGGAUUAGCUGGCACCGGGAAAUCUACCAUCGCGCGAACAAUUGCUCGAGAAAUUUAUGAGAACCCAAAGGAAUGCUGGAUGGCAAGCUUCUUUUUCAAUAGGGGGAGUUGGGAUACUGGUCACGCCAGAAAAUUUGUUGGUACGAUUGCUACACAACUGGCCAACAAAAAUAUGCCAUAUCGAGAACUUCUCCAAAAGGCCGUUUCGGAGGACCAAGGCAUCUUCGACCGGGUCAUGAUAGAUCAGUGGAAAGAGGUCAUAGUAUCACCGUUGUCUCUCCUGAAGGACGAAUCAAGCCAACCUCAACUUAUCAUCGUGAUCGAUGCUUUGAAUGAGUGUGACAAGAGCGAAGAUAUUAUUCAAAUACUUCAGCUUUUAGUUGCAUCCCGCGAGCUGGGCCAAUUUAGACCCCGCAUAUUAAUAACGAGCACACCGGAAAUUUUUAUUCAAGAGUCCAUGUUGAAAUUCACAGGCACCGCAUAUCGGUGUAUCUCCCUCCAAGAUGAGCCGGGUGAUGUUGUCGACCAUGACAUUCUGCUUUUCAUGGAAACUGAGCUCUCAAAGGUCAAAUCGCUGAGACUGCAUAAACAGCAAGUUUAUCAGCUGGCAAAGAAAGCUGCAGGGCUGUUCAUUUGGGCCAACAUUGCCUGCCGCUUUAUCUCUGGCGGGAAAGGUAUUUUUAGGGAGAAAAGACUAACUGCUAUCUUCGAAGAAAGAAGUCCCGGUAGUCAAACAGGGAUGCACCCAGAAAAGCACCUCGACGAAUUAUAUCUGACUGUUCUUCGCAAGGCCAUUCAGAAGUAUGCGGAUGAUGGUUGGCAGGAGUUGUGUUACCUGCUACGGCAAGUACUCGGGAGCAUAGUUGUUUUGCUUGCUCCUCUCUCUCUGCAUUCCCUUCUCGGCCUAUUGAGCGAUCUGGGAGAUGUCGAUAUCAUUCACGAGCAUCUCGAAGAUCUAUGCUCUAUCUUGGAUAUUUCAAAAGACAAAACACAUCCACUGCGUCUGCAUCAUCCCUCAUUUUGCGACUUUCUCCUGAACAAAGAGAGGUGUCAAGACGAAAACUUUUGGAUAAACGAGCAGGACAUGCACCGUGCAAUGAUGAAGCGCUGCGUUGAUCUGAUGUCUGAACUGCUUGAGAAACACAUAUGUGAUGCAAAGCUCCCUGGAGUACACGUGAGCGGUAUGGAAAAGGGUCAGAAAGAGCGAUACCUGCCUCAUGAGCUGCAAUAUUCUUGUCUAUACUGGGUAGAGCAUCUCCGGAGGAGCAAUAUCAAAGUUGAGGACAAUGACGACAUCAGCGACUUCUUGCAAGCCCACCUGCUACAUUGGCUUGAAGCAUUGAGCCUUAUUGGAAGAGCACCAGAAAGUUUUCAUAUCAUCAGGAACUUGCAGUCCCUGCUCAAGACCGACAGAAGUGAGAUUAUAGCUACGCUCCUGACGGAUGCUAUAUGUCUGUUCUCAGCAAAGCUUUCGACGAUUCAAUAUAUGCCUCUCCAGAUAUACACCUCAGUGCUUACUUUUGCACCACGGAAUAGUAUCAUGCGACAGAAAUUCGGGAUUCCGCAGUGGUUGUCCUUUCCUCAAACUACAGAGAUCCUGUGGAAUUCGGGUUUAGAGACCCUUCAGAACCAUUAUCAAGAUUUUAACUUGAUCAAUUUGAUCACUAUCCCCCACCUGCGGCUGAUCGCAUCUGCCUCAUAUGAUACAAUUUGGAUCUGGUUUACAGAGACAUGGGAAUACAUGCAGAAAACUGAGCUUGAUUCAUUUCGCCCACAACUGGGAUUUAACCCGGAGGGCACGAAGCUUCCGACUGGCCGAGGAGCUAUCACCAUUGUGGCACGACCUAUUUUGAAGCUGAAAUGA